GUAAUAAACACAAAUAAAGUUGUUCUUACUGGGAGGUGUCUUUAACGCCACCAACAUAACCCUCAUACAGCGCAUUUUUGCGUCCCAGUUGUGGUCCACCGCGGCAACUGGCAGAUGUACGGCAUAACGGCACCAUCGCUGUAUGUUGGAGGCGCAGCUGGCGGGCAGCCCCCUGAGCGGGCAGGUGGCGCCCGUGGGCUGGGGAUCUGGAUCACGCGGAAGCGACUCUUGGAGCUGCCGCCCCUGUCGAUGGACUUCUGGCGACUGGCGCAGCUACGUACCGCCAGCCAUGGCAGCAGCGACUCUGGAGCCGCCGCCCCUGCCGGCGGACUGUUAAGGUAAGAUACGCAGUGCUUAUCUUCCAUCUGCACUGUAGAAAUCUGCCGAAGGCGGAGAAAAUUUUUGGGUUUGGGUGCCGCGCAUCUACGCAGGUGCAGACGUUUUUGGCCGGUUUGGCGCAAAAAUGGGGGAAGCGUAGACGGUUUGGGGGGCUUGGGGGCAUAAGUGUAGAUGCCGCGGUCAAGGUCAUCUACGCAUGUGUAGAUGCCGGGCACGAUGCCGGGUGCCUGAGGGCAUCUACAAGAUACGAGCACUGAAGAUACGUCGUUUUGGGCUGGCUGUGGGGAAGGGGCGUCGGGUCAGGUCUGAUCGGGUCGGGACGGGUUCACACCACUAGCGGUAGGCUUUUGGACGGGGUAAUGAAGCACGCCGGAGGCGUGCAAGGCCGUUACCGGUCAGGAGCGCUUCAUGCUCGCCGUAUGCGGCCAGAGAGGCAGCGACCCUCCAAGCCCGUUGCGCCUCUAUAGUGCGGUACAAUUUGGUACUAACGUCCUCGAGCACUGGGGUGUGUGCGGGCCGCUACAACAUGCACGCUGCAUAGCGCAGUAUAGCGCUUAGAGCAGGGCUUGCAUCUUCCAGGGGUAUAC